CUUCUAAGAACUGUUCUCUUUUUUCCUCAAUAAAACAUUUGCGUUUCUCUCACUCCAUUCUCCUCUCAACUACACAAUAAACUAAUCAAAAUUUAGUAAACAAAUCCAUCAAAUCACAGCUAUGACUCUGCUGCUGCACAGUCUGCUAUCAGCAUAAUGCCAGUUCAUAGCCCACCAAACAUACACACGACAGAACACCCACAUAACACUCGAUCCCUCAUCGAAAUCCCAACAAAAAACUCUAUAGUAUAAUCACUUUUUUUUCUCAUUUUUCACCUUUAUAAGUUUCAGAUACUUUUCUUUCAUUUUGCCUCGUAAUUCCCGCAGUUUAACUGUCAGAGUUCCAUAACACUUGCAAGAACCUUCCAAUUAUUGGGCGCAUCAUUUUUUGUUUUUCUUGGUGUUUACAAGAAAAGGGAAAAUUUUUGUAUUCUUGAUCUGAAAAAUAAUGGAGGGUGGUGAAGAAAAAACUGUGAAUAUGGACGCUCCGAAAAUGAAGUUGCAGGCCGAUCGGACCUUCAGUUUGGAGCCUGAUGUGGCGGUUUCUUCGCCUGUCACACGGCAGAAAGCCGCCGCCGCGAAAGAGUUCAUUGAGAAUCAUUACAAGAACUAUCAUCAAGGGUUACAAGAUCGCAAGGAAAGGCGGUGGGCGUUGCAGAGGAGGGCGAAAGAGGCGCAAGUAUCUAAUGAGGAGCAAGAGAGAAUGCUGAGAAAUUUGGAGAAAAGAGAGACAGAAUAUAUGAGAUUGCAGAGGCAUAAAGUUGGGAUUGAUGAUUUUGAGCAGUUGACUAUCAUUGGAAAAGGAGCUUUUGGCGAGGUUAGGUUAUGUCGUGCUAAAAGUACGGGAGAAAUAUUCGCCAUGAAGAAAUUGAAGAAGUCAGAGAUGCUUAGCCGUGGACAGGUUGAGCAUGUCCGAUCUGAGAGGAAUUUGCUUGUGGAGGUGGAUAGUCGUUGCAUAGUGAAGCUUUUUUAUUCUUUCCAAGAUUCUGAUUUUUUAUACCUUAUUAUGGAAUACUUGCCUGGUGGUGAUAUUAUGACUUUACUUAUGAGAGAGGAUACCCUUUCCGAAGAUGUUGCACGGUUCUACAUUGCAGAAAGCAUUCUAGCGAUUCAUUCGAUUCACCAGCACGGUUAUGUCCAUAGGGACAUCAAACCAGACAACCUAAUAUUGGACAAAAAUGGCCAUUUAAAGCUUUCUGACUUUGGCUUGUGUAAGCCCCUGGAUAAUAAAUAUUCAUCGUUGUUGGAAGACGAUGAUUUUACUAAUCAGGAGUCUAGAAGUGAUAGUGAAGGGCAUGAUGGCAAUGAUAGUGCUCCUUGGUUAAUGGCGAAGGAGCAGUUACAGCAGUGGAAACGUAACCGUCGUGCCUUGGCAUAUUCGACUGUUGGAACUCUUGAUUAUAUGGCACCUGAAGUUUUAUUGAAGAAAGGAUAUGGAAUGGAGUGUGACUGGUGGUCACUGGGGGCAAUCAUGUAUGAAAUGCUCAUAGGCUAUCCUCCCUUUUGCUCUGACGAUCCUAGAAUGACAUGCCGCAAGAUUAUCAAUUGGAAAACAUGCUUGAAAUUCCCUGAAGAACCAAAAAUCUCAGUUGAGGCCAAGGAUCUGAUCUGUCAUUUGUUAUGUGAUGUUGAAAGAAGGUUGGGGACCAGAGGAGUGGACGAAAUAAAGGCACAUCCGUGGUUUACAGGCGUUAACUGGGAUACCCUUUAUGAAAUGGAACCUGCCUACAAACCUACAGUAACUGGAGAGUUAGACACACAGAAUUUUGAAAAGUUUGCGGAAGGCGACAAUCCACCAUCUGCCGUAUCCACAGUGGGACCUUGGCGGAAGAUGUUAACAUCUAAAGAUGCCAACUUCAUUGGAUAUACUUUUAGAAAAUCUGAUAUCCUGAAAUCAAUGGGAACUUCAGAUAUAGAUGGGAGUUCAAAUGGAUCUUCAAAGCCUCCAUCUUUAGUGUCAUUAUUUGGACAAAUGGACCUGCAGGAAACUGUGAUAACGGAGGAUGAUCCAAAGCAAACUAGUUGAUUUUUCAUCCUCAUUUGACUAUUUAUACAAGGAACCGAGUUCUUUUAAAUCGUGUUAUCUGCACAAAGCUCAACGACUGUAUAAUACGAGAAUAAACUCAGUGUCAAGGCUGAUGAAAUUUUGACUAAUAUAUAUUUUUUUUCCAUCUCAAUUAUGUAAACAUCUGUGCUAAUGUUCAGCUAUUUGUAGUAAAUGUAAUUGGAGUAUUAUUGCUGGGUAAUU